AUGCCGUUCCCGCUGCCGCCUGCCCUGGCCCCGAGGGUCCCCGCCGCGCGCCCGCCGCCCCGCAAGCCCGGAGCUCCCCGGAAGGCAGCUGUGCCCACCUGCACCCCACCCGCGCCCUCGCUGCCCGCCGCCCCCGCCGCCGGGGAGAAGAAGCGGCCCGAAGCGCUGCUGUCCCGCUCCUGGCCCUCGGCCACCCUGAGGAGGCCCCCGGCCCGCCGCGCGCCCGGCCCGGCCCCUCCGCGCGCCCCGGCCAGGGCCAGCUCCGGCCACAGCCCCGUGGGGGGUGCCGCGGGGCCCAGGCCCGACGCCGCCGCGCGCUUCUCCCUGAGCCUCCCCCCCGAGGCUGCCCUGGUCAUCCAGAGGCGCCACCUGGAGAAGCAGCUGCUGGCUCGGCCCCGCCGGCUGCUCCCCCCGCCCUCUGCCGACUCCAGGCACCUGCUCGGCCCCGGUCCCCGAGCCAAGGCUGCGGGACCGCGGAGGGGAGGCGACCCCGGCGGCCUGGACGGGCGCUGGCCCGGCGCCCCACUGCUGCCCCGGGGCCUGCAGGCCCCCAGCCCGCGACCCGUUGACCUGCGGCGCGUGCUCAAGGUGUCGCUGCUCAAUGACCAGCACAAGUACGACGACGUGGAGUACGAGGAGGAGGCCACGGCCGUGGACGAAGGCCUGGUUCGCAAGUGCACGGAGUGGCUGCGCGGUGUGGAGUCGGCCACCGCCACGCGCGACCGCCCCAGGACCCUGGACGUGCUGCCGCACCUGAGCACCCUGUAG